CAAGAUGUUAUAUUCAUAAUUCUGGCAACAAUGUCACCUCCGCACUGUCUGUGCCUGAAACAAUAGCUGUUGAUGUUAAAAGGGAAGUUACGGAUGAGAAUGAAAACAGCUCAAGAUGUUAUAUUCAUAAUUCUGGCAACAACGUCACCUCCGCACUGUCUGUGCCUGAAACAAUGGCUGUUGAAUAUGUUAAAAGAGAAAUUACUGAUCAGGAUGAAAACAGCUCAAGAUCAAACAUAUCUUCAACACGUGAAAGUUUAGCUGUUUUACCAACACCUGGAACAAGGAAGUUUACCUCUGCACUCUCUAUGCCUGAAACAAUAGCUGUUAAUGUUAAAAGAGAAAUUAUUACGGAUGAGGAUGAUAACAGCUCAAGAUGUUAUUUUCAUAAUUCUGGCAACAACGUUACCUCCACACUCUCUGUGCCUGAAACAAUAGCUGUUGAUGUUAAAAGAGAAGUUACGGAUGAGAAUGAAAACAGCUCAAGAUGUCGAACGUUUAAAACCACAAGCCAUGACCCGCAACUGAGUAUUGCCUCUAAGAAGGCUAGGUCUUACUUAGGAAGUCCUUCUUCACAAGAAAAAAUGGUUUCUCCUACACCUUUAGUUUCUGAAACAAGGAUGGUCACGCCUACUCUCUCCGUAUCUAGGAAAAUAGAAAAAAAGAGGCUAAUGGAACGAAAUGAUACCAAAUUGAGUUGUCGAAGGCGUCGAAGUACAAGCUGCGAAAUGCAACAUAGUAUUCCCUCUAAGAAUGUCAGGUCUCUCGUAGAAGUAUGUGAUAUUAUCAAGCACGAUCAUCUUUAUGUAAACACUUCUAAGUCACCUGAAAAAGAAUUGCAGAGAGUUAAACAAUCUUUGAGAAAAUCAAGAGGUCGCGUAAAAGUCUUGUCACAACACGUGAAACGUUUAAAAGUCAAUGUGUCUUAUUUACGCAAAAUAAUAACUGAACUAAAAAAAAUAGUCAGUCGAUCGCAUUUUCGAAUUUUAGAAUGUAAGACAUCAAUGGGGCCGUGAAUAUAAAAGUUUACUCAGGAAUAGCAAUGAAAACAAAUGGAGGGCUUAAAUAAUGGAAGAAAUCAAUUAUCUCAGACAAUUGAAGCUUACUAAUGAUACAUUGUUGGUAAAAUCACGUCGCAAAGCUGAUUUUUUUGGGGUUUUAUAAUGCAGUUAUUUCUGUACUUCAUAUAUUUUACGACACGUAUGUUAGAGCAGAAAACCCCGAACUUGAAAUUGGGCAUUUUCAAAAAAAUGUGUACCCCUGGUUUUUAUCUUGUACCUUGA